GAUGUGGCUGGGCGUGUGGCUGACUGGGCUGGCGUGUCUGCUGCUGCCACCGGCGACCAUAGGCCAGCGCGACCGUCGCGAGGUGCACAAGCGAGCUCAGCCUCCCAGCGGCGCCUCGUCAGGUCCCGGCGACGGGGCGCAUCGCGAAUCCGGGCCCUCACAGACACAGUUCUUGGACGUGCGCAAGCUUCUCCAGCUGGUCCUCUCGCAGUCCAACGAGGACGGUCACGCCAAAAGAGGCCAGCCCGAACUGAGUCAUCACAUGGAUGCUUCAAUGGCGGAGCUGGUGGCCGUGCAGACGCUCCAGGGUGACGUUGCCUGGAUUGAGGCCAGGUUCGUCAACGAGUCCCACAAGGCGGGCCACCGACAUCGGACACGACCUUACACGCUCGAGGAGCGGAUGGCGUUAAUCUUGCCCGUGGCCGCCUUCCUGCUGCCGUUCCUCGUCUGGAUCUCCUGCAUGCUGUCCUGCAUUCGUCGUUCGGCCGACGGGAAGGGGGGGUCUUACUGAGGCCCUCCGACGCCGCAGCCUCCUACAAUUCUUCUCGCAUCACGUGCGUUCCUGGGGUAUGGUCUUGAUGCGCCCCGGGACCUUGGCACCAAGGCACCCCUAUAUAGCCUCAUGCGGUUAACGUAAAUCUUGCAACUGGUGAAUACAUGCAUGCCUCUCAAGUGCGCUUACAAGCUCUUCUGCUCUUUUAACACUUGUUCUAAGCUUCAUUCUUUCUGUACUUCCCGUUACAAGGCGAAGAGACAUUUCGUGGGCUCUAGGCGGAGCCGAGUUUUAGUGAGGGCGUUAAGUACAAGACGCAGGCGAUGCUGGUGCUCCUCAAAAGUCGCGCCAUAUACACGAUGAUAUCAUCCAGGUAUAUCAAAGCCAUGGUCAACCUUAGAUGGCCAAGGACCCGAUUCAUUAGGCAUUAGGUAGUAAAUAGCUAGUGAAAAUUGAUAGUAACGGUCAGAAAAAGGUGGUAACUGCUGCCCUUACUAACUGUUGACUACCUAUGGAGCGUCUGAGGUCGUAAAUAGCUAGUAAAAAGCUAGUAACGGUCAUAAACAGGUACUAAAUGCUGCAAUAACUAACUUUUUGCUACAUUUUUUCUUCUUCUUCUAAUAGUGUACCGCUCGCUAGGCUAUGUAUGGAAGCUAGGCUUCCGUACAUAUGUGUGGAACCUAUCUUCCAUACAUAUUUGGAAGCCUAGCUCUUUAAGUUUAAGGACUGCUCAUUUCGGUACCACGUCGCCAUUUGCUUCCAAGGGUCUUAGCCACAUUCACAUCAUUGUAGAGCCGCCGCUUCGUACGAUUUCCGCCUACCAAGGCAAAGCGGCGCUCGCCUUCUCCAUUGGUCGUGUGCGCAUCCCCCGCCUAGGGGUCGGGGUCAAGCGCAGAACAAGCUCCCGUCGGCGGCAAGGUCGGCGCCGUCGCUUACGCUCGAUUUUUAUCCGGGCACGCUCGCUCGACUCGGGGGCAGCGGGGCACCGAGAAACGUGCCCGCCUGCCGUCCCAUCCGACUGCAGGCCCAUGAAUGAAAACGCUCGGGGAGGACGACGUCGACGAGUACGCCACCGAGAGCGAGUCCGUUACGCACGGCGCUCGGGCUUGCAACGCACGUAGGCGCACCGUCGCCGCAUCGUUUCAGAUCUGUCUUCCGCCUGCGAUAGCAGUUACGUGAAGA